AUGCGCGUCCUACCUCGUCGGUCCUUCCCGACGACCAAAGCCCUUCGCCACAUCCCACCUCUCGGCCAGACCGUACAAAAUCUCCGGGAUGCCACCGAGUCUAAGCUCGCGCAGGCGGCGAACUCAACCGUGCGCGUCGGUGUGCGCGGCAACACAAUCCUGACCCAGCCGCGCUGGAACAAGGGGACCGCGUUUACGAACCAUGAACGUUGGAAAUUUGGGUUGACUGGGAGGCUGCCGCUGAGGGUGAACACGCUGGAUGACCAGUGUAGACGCGCCUACGAGCAGUUGCAUGCACGCGACACCCCGCUCCGGAAGAGCUCGUUCUUGCAGAGUCUGAAGGAUCAGAACUGGGUGCUCUACUAUGGUCUUCUGAGCAGGCAUAUCAAGGAGCUCGUGCCCAUUGUAUACACCCCGACCGCCGCUGACGCCAUCGCAAACUAUUCGCAUCUUUUCCGACGGAGCGAGGGCAUGUUCCUGACCUUCACGAAUAUGGACACCAUGGAAGAGGAUUACCUCGAGCAGACGAAGGGGAAGGAACUGGACCUCAUCGUGUGUAGCGAUGGAGAGGCUAUUCUCGGUAUCGGCGACCAAGGAAUCGGUGGAAUCGGAAUUGCGACGGCAAAAUCGACCAUCUACACCCUCAUCGGACGCGUCGAUCCAUCUCGUGCGUUGGCGGUAGCUUUUGACGUCGGCACGGAUAACGAAGCGCUGAGGAGUGACCCUCUCUACGUCGGAUGGCCUCACGAGCGUGUACGCGGUCGCGACUAUGACAUCUUCAUCGACAGGUUCAUCCAGAUCGUCCGCAAGCACAACCCGCACUGUCUUAUCCACUUCGAGGACUUUGGUGUAUCGAACGCCCAGCGCAUCCUAGACAAGUACAGGGACCAGCAUGCUAUCUUCAAUGAUGAUGUGCAGGGCACAGGCGCCGUCACCCUCUCGGCUCUCAUGUCCGCUAUCGGCGUAACACAAUCGAAACUCUCUGAACAGCGUAUCCUCAUCUACGGCGCAGGUUCAGCGGGUCUAGGCAUAACCCACGCUAUCCGCAACGCCAUGUCCGAGAUCGAUGGUCUCCCCGUUGAAGACGCCAACAACCGCUUUUACCUCAUGGAUCGCUACGGCCUCAUCACCCAGUCCCUCCGCCCAGAUCAAAUGCGCCCCGCACACGUCGAGUUUGCUCGCCCCUCUCAGGAGUGGGAAGACGCGAACAAGAACGAGAAGGGCGAGGUUGGACUGCUCGAGGUCGUGAAGCGCGUCAAGCCGACUGUGCUCAUCGGAUGCUCGACGCACGCUGGAGCAUUUACGGAGGAGGUCAUCAAGGCUAUGGCCGAAGGCGUUGAGAGGCCGAUCAUCUUCCCCCUUUCCAACCCCAGUCGGCUGGUUGAGGUUGACCCGAAGCUCGCGAACGAGUGGACGCACGGCAAGGCGUUAUUGGCGACUGGAAGCCCUUUCCCGCCAGCGAAGAUGCCUAGCGGCAAGGACUACAUCAUUGCCGAGUGUAACAACGCUCUUAUAUACCCGGGUUUGGGCUUAGGUUCAGUCGUCGCGCGCUCCAGGACGGUCACAGAUGGCAUGAUCCUCGCCGGCGCGCGUCGUCUUGCUUCCCUCUCCCCGGCCCUCAAGGACCCUGACGAUGCACUCCUCCCCGACAUCACCGUCGCGCCCGAGGUGAACUUCGAAGUCGCCAUUGCGGUGGCUGAACAGGCCAUCGAGGAGGGUGUUGCGGACGUCGAGUUCGGCGUUGAUGAUGUGCGCGCGAAGGUUAAGGCCAGAGAGUGGGUACCUGUGUACCCACGGUACGAGUAUGAUCCCAGCGUUGGGCAGGAGUAG